AUGACAGAAAGGUUAAGCUCACUAGUAUCUCAAAAGUCGUCCGACUCCGGCCUCCAUAUCCAACUUCACCCUUUGAUCCUCCUCACGAUCUCGGACCAUAUUACCAGACAUGCCGCAAGGUCGCAGCAAGGCCCAAUUCUCGGAGCUCUGCUCGGGCAACAAAACGGGCGCGAGAUAACACUAGAGCACGCUUUCGAAUGUAUCGUGAAAGAAGGUCCGAACGGCGAGCCCCAACUACCAAAUGAAUGGUUUAAUGAACGGGUCAAACAAUGUGUCACAGUCAAGGAUGUACACAAAGUCCCUGCCCUCGAUAUUGUAGGAUGGUGGUCAACAGCUCCUCCAUCUGGUCCAGACGUAACCCAUCUCCCGAUUCAUCGCCAAAUCCUCCAAGACUAUAACGAAUCCGCGGUGUUCCUCGCAUUCCACCCUUCUCAAGUGAAGGGCGCAUCAGCAAACGGCGGUAAAUUACCAUUAACAGUCUACGAGAGUGUAUACGAGGGCGAAAAUGCGGCAGAAAGCGAGAAGACGAUGCAAGUCGACGGCGAAGAACAGUCGCUGAGUAUACGGUUCCGGGAACUGCCAUAUUUCGUCGAAACCGGGGAGGCCGAAAUGAUAGGCAUCGAUACUGUCGCUAGAACUGCGAGAAAUGCAGCCGUUGAAGGCCCGAGCGCACUCUCCUCAGCCAAGGAAGUGCUGAAGAAGAAAACCGACAACAAGGAACAGUCGGCAGAUACCGCGGUGCUCUCUCCGGAGGACGAAGAACUGAUCGCGAGUCUCAACACCCGACUAAAUGCAAUCCGCACACUAGAGUCCCGAAUCUCGUUGAUAAAAUCAUACGUCGCUAGUAUAUCUCCAGAAUCUGAAGGUGGUAACCAAAAAAACACAACACCCUCAACGGCAACUCUAUCUCACCCGAUCCUCCGAAACAUAAACUCCCUACUCUCACACCUAUCCCUCCUCUCUCCGCAAGAACAGAGUGCAUUCUCAGCUGAGGUCCUAGCUCAGAGCAACGAUGUUCACCUAGUCGCACUCCUCGGCCAACUAAGCAGCAGCAUCAACAGCAUGCGCGAACUAGGAAAGAGGACCGCCAUCCUAACCAAUGUAAGAAGAAGUAACACCUCCCGAAAGACACAAAUGUCCCUGCAGAAUCGAUUUGAGGAAGAACUCUUCUCCCGUGAUGGUACUACCCACGGAUAA